AUGAAGUUAAUCGUUAUAUUUCUGCUCAUUGCUCUCUACUUCUUUUCAGUUCUUCUUCAAGCAGAAUGCACUCCAACAUCAGAGAUUGUCAAAAUCAAAAUAAAAGUGAAGCGUAAGGGUCGCAGAAGAAAGUGCUACGGUGAUUGUCCAUAUCCACCGGUCCAACCACCAGUAGUUCCACCGAUCCAACCACCGAUCCAACCACCGAUUCAACCACCAGGCUGUAUAAAUGGUUGCGGAGGAGGAUAUCCUAACUAUGGGGGAGGUUUCUACCCUUAUGGAGGAGGAGGAUUCGGCAGAAAGUGA